AUGUCUGCAAAGUUUAUGUAUUCUUUAUCAGAUGAAAACCCAGAUCUGCAAAAGCAGAUUGGGUGCAUGAAUGGACUAUUCCAGCUCUUUGACCGCCACUAUUUCCUUGGUAGCCGACGCAUUGCCAGUCCAAACCACAAAAGGCUUCCUUCAGGUCCAAAUGGCAAGCAUGGAAAAGAGCCCAAGAUUGACUCACAAAAGAUAAAAGAAAAUAAUCUGAAGAAGACUGUGAAGGAGAAACAAGGAUUCUCCUUUGAAUCACCCAGAACCUCGCUUUCAUCUUCUUCUUGUUCAUCUGGUUUCUCAUCUGCUGAAUGCAGCAAAGCAUCUCAAGUAGACCGACCUUCAUUGAGCCAAACCACUUUCCCUGAAACCCCAAGGAAGGAAAUAUCCAAUUAUCAAUCAAAUGUUUUUUUGCAAUCAAACCAACAUUCCCUUGACCUCCGAAAUGUGGUUAAAGACUCCAUCUACAGAGAAGCCCGUGGAUUAUCAAUUAAAACUGCAACCAAAUUGGCAGCAGGGCGCCACCAAACCUUGAAGUACAUAGAUUCGCCAAGGCCUUUGCAAUCACCAAAACCUGCAAAGACCAGGAACACCAGUCUCAAUGAAUCAAGUCAUGUUCUUUCUAAGCUUCAUGAAGCGUCUAGUUCGUCCAGUGGAUGCAGGAAUGGUUCUCUCACUUUCCCACAAAGGGAUGCUCCUCGGUUCUCUUAUGAUGGGAGGGGGUCACAAGAUGCACUUAAAAUUAAGUUCAGAGAUUUCCCAAGGCUAUCAUUGGAUAGUAGGGAAAGCUCCAUAAAAGGUUCCAUCAACAGUAUGAAAUCAAAUUUUCUUCUAGAAGAGCUGCACAGAAGUAGCAUGGACUCCAAAGAUGUAAGAAACCAACAGCAAGAACCUGGAAGCUACAAAGGACCAUCUAGUAUUGUAGCCAAGUUGAUGGGGUUGGAAGCAUUGCCAGACCCCACUUUAACCAAUGGGAAUCAAAGCCGACAGAUCAAAACCUGUCAAGAUUUGAAAGACGAUCCCCUCUCAGUCUCAUCGAGAAUUGAUGAGAAUAAGAGAAAUUGGAUUUCGGGUUCUCCAAGAAAUUCAAAAAAGGAACCCAGCUCACCCCGUUUGACAAAUGCGGACCCAAAGAAACCUGUUGUAACUAGAUGCCCAUAUGAACCAGCUCCAUGGAAGCAGCUGGAUGGAAGCAAGGGUCAAAAAUCAACUUUGAAGUGUCGAGAGACUCCAAUGAAAUCCCCAAUCUCCUCUCAAACUGUUUAUGGUGAAAUUGAGAAAAGGUUGACAGAACUUGAGUUCAAGAAGUCGGGAAAGGAUCUUAGAGCCCUUAAACAAAUACUUGAAGCAAUGCAUAAGUCUAAACAGAUUUUAGAGACCAGAAAAGAAGACCAAACUUCAAACUCUUUGUCUCACACAAACAGCAUCCUUGGUCAGAGCUCAGAAGCACCAAAUUCGGGAAAGCUACAGAGUAGCAGUGCAGUUUCAGCCACAGUUAAGGGAACUGGUUCUCCAACUCGCCUUAAAUCCCCAGUCAAGAUUAUAAAACCAGCUAAACUUACGGAAAAUGCCAGCAAUUCUAGUUCAUCAGUAGUUGCAACAGGCAGUUUAAGUAGGCUUCGCACUAGCGGCCCUGCAGAUACCAGAAAUGAAAAGGUUGACAAGCGAUCAUCUAAAGGUUUAACUCCAAGACUCAAUUCUCCUAGGGAUCCUUUCAGUCAACUCCAUUCAAGGGAUAAGAAUACUCUCAGAACUCUAGGAUUCAACCAAACUUCGAAAGAGCCAUCACCUAUUGCUCCAGAAAACCUUAAGCUGGCAAUGAGCUCAGAGACCACAUGCCUUAAACCACAGAAGAAGAAGCUUGAAUUGGAAAAGCAAUCUCGUCUCACCAGUCCAGCAUCAGAUGAGAGCAGGAGCAGAAAGCAAUCAAGCAGACUACAAACAGAGUCAGGCUUGCCAAAUUGGAAGUCCAGGCAUAAAUCUCACAAUUUGCAGCGAAGUGAUGACCAGUUGAGUGAUAUCAGUAGUGACAUGAGAGAUUUGAGUCACCAAGGAGAUGCUAGCUCAAUGCAAUCUGAAAGUAAUAUGUCCGCUGCCUCCUAUGGUGCCAUUGAAGUCACAAGUGCUGACAGAUCUUGCAAGAUAGAGGGUACAGUCUCCCAAAAACAGGAAAAGAAGUAUAAUAAUCCAGCAGCAAGGUUUAGUGAAGGUGAUUCAAUAGCAGAACCUCCAAGAACUGCCCUGGAACAACCUAGUCCUAUCUCUGUUCUAGAUGCCACAUUUUGUGGAGACGAAUCACCAUCUCCUGUGAAGAAAAAAUCAAAUGCCUUUGAAGAUGAUGAGGGUCUUAUCCCUGACGAAGCAGCUUGGAGUCCUAUAGGUCUGAAUCACUUAUCCAGCUGCAGAGAAACCAGUAACACGUUCAAGACAGAUUACGUGAAAGCCGAAAACAUUCACCAAUUGGUCCGGAAACUCAGGAACUUAGAUUCUAUCCAUGAGCGGUCCAUUAUCAAUGAAAUUGAACCCGUUUUCAAUAGUCCAAAUCCAGACCAUAAAUACAUUGCAGAAAUAUUGUUGGCAUCAGGUCUCCUCAGCGAACUUGAAUCCAACUUCAUGGCUUACCAGGUUCACCCAUCAGGUCAUCUAAUCAAUCCUAACUUGUUCCCUGCACUAGAACAAACCAAGGCAAGCAUUGGGCUUCUAAAUGGAAGACACAAUGGCAGAAAGAUCAACCAGAUAGAGCCCGUUAAGAAGAACCACAGGCAGCUUAUAUUUGAUGCAGUUAAUGAAAUUCUAGUCAGAAAAUUAGAAAAGGAAAACUCUUAUAAGCAGUGGUUCUCACCAAGUGCGCUAGGGGAUAGAAGACCAAAAAGACAGCAGCUGGUAAGAGAUUUAUAUUCAGAAAUAGAUAAACUACAAACUGCAUCAAAAAUAAGCUUAGAUGAUGAGGAUGACAGUCUGCAGAGCAUCUUAUGGGGAGAUUUGACGCUUGGAUCAAUGGAUUGGACAGAAUGCAGGAGUGAUAUUCCAUGGGUAGUAUUAGAUGUGGAGAGGUUGAUCUUCAAAGAUUUGAUAUGUGAAGUUAUCAGUGGUGAAGCAGCAAAUUCACAAGGGCAGCCUGGUGGGCAUUGCAGACGACUGCUUCUGAAGUAG